AAGCUUAGUUCGGGUUUAGUCACGAUGCAACCGGUCGAGAGUGAUCACGUUACGAUUCCGUUGGUCUCCACCGGCAACGGCAGUACCAACCGCGGUGAAACAAAGCUCUCCUUCUCGGGAAUUUCGUACACGAUCGCGCGCCGACAUGGUCCCAAACAGGUUCUGGACCAGCUGUCGGGGACGUUCAGGAGUGGCCGGUUGGCGGCCAUUAUUGGACCUUCCGGGGCUGGGAAAACCAGUUUGCUGAACGUGCUGGGGGGAUUUCGUGCGCGGGAUGUGAGGGGUUCGAUACUGAUCAACGAUCAGGAGCUGAGUGUGGGGAGUUAUCGGGCGAAGGUCGCCUACAAUACGCAGCAGAUCGCGUUGUUGCCGAACAUUACGGUGAAGGAGACGCUUGAGUUUGCGGUUGAUCUGAGGACGAGGUAUGGGAAGUCGAAGGUGCGCAAGAGGAAAACGGUUGAGGAUGUGAUCGCGCUACUUGGGCUGGAUAAGUGCGCCCACAGUCAGGUGCGGGUGAUUUCCGGUGGAGAGCGGAAGCGGCUGUCGAUUGCCCAGGAGUUGAUCUCGGAGCCGAGGAUCAUGCUGUUUGACGAACCUACCAGUGGGUUAGACAGUGAAGCGUCGUAUCAGGUGGUAUCUUACUUGAGGGAGUUGGCCAGGCAGGAUCGUUGCGUGGUCAGUGUGGUCCAUCAGCCAAGUUCCGAUCUUUUGGAAUUGUUCGACGAUAUUUACGUACUGUCGAGUGGUAGAUGCAUGUACCGAGGAUCACUGGACGGCAUGAUUCCGUACUUUGAGAACGUGGGACUCGUUUGUCCGCAGUACUACAAUCGAGCAGAUUUCGUGCUAAAGAUUACAUCCCCGAGUAAGCCGGAAAUCAGUAAGGUGUAUCAAUCGAUGCACCAGAUGGAAUCCAUCGUGGACAACGUACAGACCAAACCAAAGACAAGUUCACCUAAACCCAGAUCCCAAUAUCCAACAUCCCACUGGCACCAGUUUAUCACCCUAACGCGCCGUUCAGCUCUAUCCACGAUCCGCAACUACAUACUAUCGAUUCUCCGCCUGGGAGGACUGAUCCUGCUCGGCGCGAUGAUCGGAACCAUCUACUUCGACAUCGGCAACGACGCGUCCAAAAUCAUCUCCAAUACGGCCUUCAUAUGCAUCUCCCUAGCCCUGGUCGUGUUCAUCAACGCAGUAGCCGUUGUGCUAAGCUUUCCCAUGGAAAUGGCCGUGCUGACGCGCGAGUACCAAGCAAACUGCUACUCGAUCGCGGCCUACUACUUCGCCAAGCUCACAACCGAUUUCGUCCCGAUGAUCAUCGGGAAUGCCUGCUUCCACACAAUCACCUACUACAUGACGGGUCAACCGGUUGAGCUGGACCGGUUCCUUCGAUUUGGAGCGAUCCUGCUGCUCACCGGAUGGUUCGGCCAGAUCUUCGGCCUCUUUGGCGGCAGCACCUUCUCUAUCCAACUCGCCCCCUUCGUAGUCCCGGUCGUGAUCCUCACCAUGGUCCUGUUUGGAGGAUUCUUCAUCCGGUUCAACGAGCUCGUCCCCUUCCUACGUCCCCUGAUCCACGUGUCCCCCUUCAAGUACGCCUUUGAAGGAACCGCUCAGUCCAUUUAUGGCUUCAAUCGGACCGAUCUUGCGUGCUCGGCCGGCAGUAACGACGCACGGGUGUGCCCCUUCCAAACCGGAGACCAGGUGCUGGCCAUGCUGGACAUGGACCAGGCUGAUUACGGGGUUGACGUGGGUGGGCUGGCCGUCAUUGUUGGCGUGAUGCACGUGGUCGUGUAUGUUUGUCUGUGGGUGAAGGUUAGAUGAAGAUGAGUGUUAGCUCGGGAAAUUGUUUGUGAUGAUUGAAUUGCGGUUAGAACAAGUUUCAAUAAAGUGCGUUGCGUGACAAAGAACUGA